ACUCCUAAUAACCAAUCUCCCGUCUCCUCCCCUGCCCGCCUCCCAAUCCAACCCCCGCGCCUCCCCGGGAACCGCCCGCCCGCCCCCCGCCACCCUCCCGCGGCGGGGAUCUCCUCCGGGCUGGUUCCUGACCGCAUCGCCGCCGCUCCCCCAGACCCUCCACGCGCGCGCGGGCACUGCCUCGCAACGAUCGACCGCAGGAACAGCCUCUCCUGUCUGGGUCGAUUCGCGGGGGAUUUCGGUCGGGAGAUUGCCCCCUUCCCCUCCCCAUCUCCGAUUUGGACUGUUUCGUGAGCCGGGAUGGGGCUGCAGCAGUCCAAGGAGGAGCUGCUGUACCAGCAGGUCAACUACGGCAACGCCGACGGGAUUCGGGCCCUCCGCGCGCAGGGCGCUGGCCUUGAGUGGAUUGACAAGGAGGGGAAGACGCCCCUGAUGGUGGCCUGCAUGCGUCCCGAUCUGCUCAACGUGGCCAAGGUGCUCAUCGAGUUGGGAGCCAAUGUCAACGCCUACAGGCCAGGAUCAUUUUGUGGGACUCCAUUGCACCAUGCUGCCAAGAAAGGGCUUGAGCAGACUGUCCAUUUACUUCUCACACAUGGAGCCAAUCCUUUCAUACCAAAUGAUGAUUGCAAUACUGCCCUUGAAUUGGCAAGAGAAAAGGGCCAUGUGAAUGUCGUACGGGCCAUAGAGGGACGGAUUUCUCUUUUUUGUGGAUGGAUGAGGGAGAAUUAUGCUCCUGCUUUUUUGGAUGCAAUUGCUCCACAGUUCAUGACAAGAAAGAUUUGGGCUGUGGUUAUACCCUGUGAGGUGCGGGCUCCAACCAGGCUUCUUAAGUUGGAGCUAGCUAUAUAUCCUGAAUUACAGGCUUCUAAACCACGUGCUGUAGUUAAACUAUGGAAAGCUCAAAUUGAGGAACCAAAGCUUAACCUGGCUGACCCUUCCAUUAUCAUUUUUGACAAAGGAACAAAGACUCGAUACAAGAUCUUACCAGCCUCUGAAGGUGACAAACAACAGCUUCAAAGGUUUUAUAAUGCCUGUUGUGGCAUGGCACAGGUUUUCAACACGGCUCCAGCACCACUAGCAAAUCUCCCAAUGCCAAAUCUAGUACCUGCAAACUCAUCUGUGGCACCUUCAGAACAAUCUGCACCCAGCAAGGAGGAUGUUGAAUUAGCGAUGGCUAUCAAUGCCUCAAUUCAAUCAGCUAUUGCGGAGGGAGUGCCCGAUGUUCAACCAAAUGCAUCCACUCCCAGCACCAAUGGCUGGGUUAUCCCUCCAAGCAAUUCUCACAACGGAUGGGGACCUCCAGCAGCUCCUGCACCAUCAAAGUUGAGCAGCCAAUCCCAAGCCCAGGUUGACGGCCCAAGCAGCAGCACAUACAAUGGAUGGGACAUGCCUGGAACAAGCUCUAGCCAAAGCUCAUCUAGACCCAGCAAAACCCAAACCAACCCUCCACUCGUGAUUCCGCAGGAAGCACUUCCGGCUCUUCCAACCCCAACCGCCCCACCAUUCGCGGAAGAAACCUUCUACAGUGGCCCUGUUCAGUAUCCAUCCGUAGAUGCUACUCCUGUUGAUGUAGCCAUGCCUGCUACCACCGAAGGUGGUGCAGCAGCAGCUAGACCAGGAGAAAAUGAGGCUAAUGCGAGCGGCAGUGGCAACACUCCUUCCGGCACCUGUGUUAUCUGUUUGGAUGCCCCCGUGGAAGGUGCCUGCAUUCCGUGCGGCCACAUGGCUGGUUGCAUGUCCUGCUUGAAGGAUAUCGAGUCCAAGAAGUGGGGGUGCCCUAUCUGCCGCGCCACGAUCAACCAGGUUGUUCGCCUCUACGCCGUUUGAGGAGUUGAAACGGUGAGCCUGGAAAGUCAGCAAUGGAUGGUUCUCGCGACAAGUUUUGAUGGGAGCAUCUUUAUCUAAAAAAUUAUGCAGCUGUGACUGCAGUGUAAAUUAUGACUUUCGUGUAAUGUGAUCCACUCGGGCUGUUAUACGGUGGUCGGUCUUGUGUAUAUAAGUGUAAGACAAUUGUGCUGUGAUAGCAGUAACAGAUCUCGAAACAAAGUGUACUUUUGGCUGCUCUCAA